AUGAAGAAACCAAUCCCCGGUCUUCUCUUUUCAGACGCCUCUUACGUUCUUUGGCCAAAUAAAUGUUAUCUUUUAUCUGAUUUCCUCUUAACGGCACCUAUGCUGCUAGCCCGCCAUUUUAUGAGUGCCUUCACGAUUCCACCAUGGCUUUUGUCCACCAUGCUUCUACUCAAGCCUGUAUAUCAGGGUUCAUAUCAAAAUUUAACUGGCAAACCCCCAUUAGAAAAUCUAAAUAAACAUGCAGAUGGUUGUGCUGCCGGAGUUGCCACAGAAGAGUUGAGUGAGUCUUGCUCUAGUGGAAAGGACAGGUAA